AGUAUCCAGAAUAAGAGGAGACAUGGGGGAGUGGGGCUUUCUGAGCUCAUUGCUAGAUGCAGUACAGGAGCACUCUCCCAUGGUGGGACGAUUCUGGCUGGUGGUGAUGCUGAUCUUCCGCAUUCUGAUCCUAGCCACAGUGGGCAGUGAUAUGUUUGAUGACGAGCAGGAGGAAUUUGUGUGCAACACUAUGCAGCCUGGCUGUCGACAGGUGUGUUAUGACCAAGCUUUUCCCAUCUCACACUAUCGCUUCUGGGUCUUCCACAUUGUGCUACUAUCCGCUCCUGCUGUGCUAUUUGUCAUUUAUUCAAUGCACCAGAAUACCAAGAUAGGAAGAGAUGCAGAGGAAGAAGAGGCAGCACAUGGACAGCAGACCAGUAUGAGGUCCAAAAUUAGGUCGGAGCAACGGGGGCGCCAUAUACGCACAUUCUAUAUUGUCAAUGUGGUGAUGAGGAUAUUGGCAGAGGUUGGUUUUCUAGUGGGACAGUGGCUUCUUUAUGGAUUCAAAGUAGCCCCAGGAUAUGCUUGUGUGCGUUCACCUUGCCCACACACAGUGGACUGCUUUGUGUCCCGACCCACAGAGAAGACCAUUUUUCUUCAGUUCUACUUUGUGGUGGGAAUCAUCUCUGCAGUUCUCAGCCUGUCAGAGCUGGUGCACAUUCUUGUGAAAGGUAAAUGUCGGUCCAGGGAUGGAUUAGGACCUAGUCCACCUCCAGCUUAUGAAAGAGACAACUGGUCAAACAGAGAGCAUGAAAGGACAAAUAACUUUCUUCUUCAACGACAGACUAAUGAUGAUCGGAGGGCUAGUGGUGCUGGUGGCCACCGCCUUUCCAUUGCAUACCCUCCUGGCAGCGCAUAUAAACUGAAGGUGACCCCUAGCUCAGCCAUCAGCAGCAAAUCAUCCAGAUUGAUCAAAGGAGACUUAACUGUAUGAGGAACAAACUCAACCUUCACAUAUAGGGCUUUUUCUUUUUUUAAUGGAUAAUACUAAGAAGAGAACCUGUCUCAGAACAUAAAGACGUUGCAUCUAUAACAGUCCUAUGGUGUGGUGAUUAACCCUCCAUACCCAAAGCCUGUUGUGUCAUACGCAUGGGAGAUCUAUGCUUGGGGUUAAAACAGUUGUCAUUUAAAUGUGCUAACUCAGAUCUCAUAGCCAUUCUAUAAUCAUGUAUAUGAAGUUUGUGGAGUAUGAAGUUCUAGAACACUGAAAUGUUUUGAUUGCAAUAUACAGACUCUAUAUUAUAUUGCAAUAUACAGAAUCUAUUUUAAACACAAAUGAUACACAACACAAUAAAUGGGACAUAAUGCACUAGUGCACAGGUUCUCAAACUCGGUCCUCAGGAUCCCACACAGUGCAUGUUUUGCAGGUCACCCAGCAGGUGCACAGGUAUAUUCAUUACUCACUGACACAUUUUAAAAGGUCCGCAGGUGGAGCUAAUUAUUUCACUUGUGAUUCUGUAUUUUAAUAGUAGAUCAUUGGUUGACGUUCCAAAGCUGGACAUGCAGGAACGCGCCAAAGUAACAACUAACAUUCAAAAUGUUCUGUUACACAAUCUCAUUUAUGGAGUCAUGGAAAGACAUUAAAACAGUUUCCUACCCUUGUCUCAAGGUCCAUUAACUAAAGAACAACUAACAAAUGUGUCAGUAAAAUUCAGCUUGGAGUAUGCAUUGCCCUGCUGAAUAUAGUCAUAUAGUGCUUGAUGUACAGUUACAGUAAGAGCAAAUUCAGCUGCUGGGAGAAAGAUAAUGCAGCAGGGAAAAAAAAUUGUACUGCAGGAGGGAAUAUAAAAUGCACAACCUGACUUACAAUUGUGAGGAUGGCAUAGCCAAACCAACUCCAAAAUGCGAAAUAAAAUAGAGAUGUCCAGUACAUAAGUGUGCAGCAUGUCAGGGCAUGUAGAAUCUGCACUGCAUAAAAAAGUGUAUGCAUCUGAACGGCAUGUAGUGCAACUUGGUUCACUCCGCUGCUAAAUGUGUGCAUAACUCUAAAUGAGCCCCUACAGCUAGGUACACACUAGACGAUCAAUUGGAGGAUUUGUGGUUUUGAGCUGAACUGUGUACGCACUAUUGUACGCUCCUGUGUGUCAAUCCUUGCACGUUCUGAUCAGAAGAUCCUGGAUGUGUCCACUGAAAUAUAUAUUGUGCGGUCACGCAAUAUAUUGUUCAGUGCGUACGGUCAACCGACAUAUCGUUCUGGCACUCGUGCCGUUGGCCAAUAUCCAGAAUCGUCUAGUGUGUACCCAGCUGUAGUCUAGAACUUUAAAAGACUUGUCAAUCACAAUAGUUAAAAAGUAUCUUGCCAUGGAGUUCAACAAUUUAUUUUAGAAAGGUGAAUAUGUCCACCCAUGAAAGGCACAGCAGCACCUUAUUUAGUGGCAUCUAACAGCAAGUUCUUUGGCCAGCCAUUUUUGGAGGUGAAGUCUCUUAAAAUUGUCAGGAGCACACAGCUAAAGAACUACUUCUCAAGCAGUGGCCCCACAAGAGUAAUAAACUUAAUCUGGGACCACAUCCACCUGAGUCACACCAAACUCAAACAAACAAGUCAUAGCAUGUAACCAAAACUAAAUGGAAAACAAUGUUUUCCUGUGGGUCUUGGACUGGUCUACUAUGGCUUGUGGGCCAUAUAUCAGCUGCAUGGGCCGCUAUUUCACUGCACAGUAUAUACUGUUUUCAAACUUUGUAAUGUUUGAGUUUAAAUCAGAACUCACAGGUAGAGCAAAUAAAUUGACUUUAUCCAGGCUGCCAUUCACUAGAGUCUCCAUGGCUGUUUCAUGCAUUGGUUUUACCAGACCGUGAGAACUGUGACUAUGUGACAUUGUGGAAAUUGUGGGGAAGUGGUAGGACCAAUCAGAAAGCAAAAUUAUAGUGAUUGUAACUUCUAAUUGGUCCCCCUGCCCAUUCAUGCACUCUCGUCUAUUGCACCAAUAGUAAAGUGGUGAAUUUGCUGAAUUAGGUGAUAAUGUAGCUGUAAUAAUUGUAAAGUUCUAGAGCCCUAUCGCUUAGCAGAAGGAUUGUAUAUAAAAAUACUGUCACACUAGAUAACACUUUUAGCUGUUUUCAGGGAAGAUAAGCGCCAAUUGUAAUUGGUCUCUGAUUCACCAGUUGGAGAGUCUUAGGGGGGUCAUUCCGAGUUGAUUGCUAGCUGCUGUUGUUCGCAGUGCAGCGAUCAGGCUAAAAAUCGGCAUUUCUGUGCAUGCGUAUGCACCGCAGUGCGCACGCGCGACGUACGGGUACAUAGUCCUUUGUGGUUUUGCACAGGUUCUAGCGAAGCUUUCAGUCGCACGGCACAACGCAAGAAGAUUGACAGGAAGGGGGCGUUUCUGGGUGUCAAUUGACCAUUUUCAGGGAGUGUUUGGAAAAACGCAGGCGUGCCGGGGGAAAAAGCAGGCGUGGCUGGGCGAACGCUGGACGGGUGUGUGACGUCAAAUGCCAACCCUCCAACGUUAGAAUCAAUGCACACGAAGAGUAAGUCCAGGGCUGGUCUUGUUUUGCACAAAAUGUUUUUGCAGGCGCUCUGCUGCACAGGCGUUCGGACUUCUGCAAAGCGAAAAUACACUCUCCAGUGGGCGGCGACAAUGCGUUUGCACGGCUGCUAAAAACUGCUAGCGAGCGAUCAACUUGGAAUGACCCCCUAUAUACUGUACGUCCUACUGACCAAUAACACACAGGUGCCACUAGAACUUUGCUGAAGCAAAGUAACUGCUGUUUCAGUAUGAGUAAAGUGAAAGAAGAAAUGUGUCAGCAAAAGGCUGCGUUGUUUUCAAGUCACUUAAAAGCAGGCGUAUAGACCCCACAUGAUUUAUACAGAACAUUAAAAAAGACCAGAUGUAAUAAAGUGUUGGGAUUUAUAGCAGCCGGGAAAAAGGGCAGGCUGGGUUUUGUAUAUCACAAGGUUCUAUACUUCAGUGGAAUGUGUGCAGAGAAUUCCACUGCUGAGCCUGAGUAUCACCAGCACAGGACAAAGAUGCCAACUCCAUCUCCCUUAAAUGGAAAAUAGUUAUAAAAGUCAGCCUGCUUUUAAAAGCACUGCAUAAAUGUUAUAGCCUCAGUACAUAAGCAAAACCUGUUAUGACGUCUGGAUCUGACAUUGCCAGUAACAUCUCUGUGGGGGCAAUAGAACUUACUGUCUCCUCUAACAAGAGGUCGUACAGGCUUAAACAAUCUGGCUGAACUACUGCUGAUUCAACAGUGAGAGAGCCACAUGCCGCAGAGAAGCCUCCGGCUUUCCGGUCACUGCAUAUGGAUUCUCUCCCAUCCUUUAGCCAUUAAAUAAUAGAGUAAUGGAGUUGAAAAAAAUAUUUUAAGGGAACAGAAAAUGUAAGUUAAUGGUCACUAUAAUGGUGGUAAAUAAACAGCAUGUUUCACAAAAAGGUUCCUUUUACCUCAGUUUUAUAACCACUAUGAUGGUCCAGGUAUCUGGCUAGGCCAGCAAGCAAUAGGUCAACACCAGAUGGCCGACGUGCAUACGGCUGACAUGGUCAAAAUGUCGACAUGAUCAAAUUGUGACAAUGUUCGACACAUACAUCAUAUGGUCGACAUGAGUUUUGGGGAUUUUUUUUCCAUACUUAGGACUUUUUCAUACUUUACUAUCCACGUGUGCUACAAUUUAGAAUGAUAACCUGUAGUAAGUAGUAAGUGGGAAGGAUACGGUGCACUAAUUGGGGGUACACAUGCUGGAAGGGAAAUUUUGACACCAAAAAAAAGUCAAAAACUCAUGUUGACCUUUUCAUGUGUCGACCAUUUACGUAUCGACAUGUUGACCUUUUUACUAUGUUGGCCUAGUGUAUAUCAACCAUUUGGUGCCGGCCUAGACAUUGUCGACCUUCUGACUGUUGACCCUUUGAGCCAUAACCAGUGGUACACUGCAGUUAAAAGAAAAGUGUUAUUUUUCAUAGAAUUUUACGUAAGUAAUCAAUACUUUAGAGACGAUUCAACGCCCAGGAAAACAGCGAUGUUGGGCUUUUGUAAUAUGCAGUAAUGUGCAUCUCAGUCGCAUGCACAGUGACUGUAGUUACGGGUUACCACAGAAGUCAUACUUACUACUUUAUGCUAAUGCUAGUAUCUGUACUACUAAUGCACAGAGCUAGAUACAUGCCCACAACACUUCCAUAAAACUCCCAUCACACAAUAUCAGGUGUGUAUCACAUUGUCACCACCCAUUUCCUCUCCAGAAACUGCCUAUUUCACAGAAAGACAGGCAAGUUUAGUCAGACUCAAAGUAGGAUAGACAUACGCCUAAAUUUGCUUCUGCUCAUGUUCUGUAAAAGCUUGCCAUUUGCAAGCAUGCUAAGGUCUGACUCAGAAUCAGGCCAGUUGUCUCUUCAUUGUGACCCAACAUCAUGCAGUAUUGGGUUUAGUAUGGUAUGCCGGCGGUCAGGCUCCCGGCGACCAGCAUACCGGCGCUGGGAGCCCGACCGCUGGCUUACCGACAGUGUGGCGAGCGCAAAUGAGCCCCUUGCUACGCAAAUGACCCCCACGAGGGAGAAUAAGUGUCGGUAUGCCGGCUGUCGGGAUCCCGGCACCGGUAUACUGUGCGCCGGGAUCCCGUCAGUCGGCAUACUGAAGACCACCCCGCAGAAUUGAAUCACUCCCUAUAAGUUCACUUCUGCUGCUACUUUUAGAGAAUUCCUACUUUAACACCAAUCACCUCACCAUUAGCUUGAUGAAAUUUAGAAAUGUAAGUGUAUCACCCCUUUGAGACAUACACCCUGAGAAAUACAUGGCCCCGACCCAAGUAUAACCGCGUCCUAGCUUCGAGAACGCCUUUCACACUACCCCACAGACCCGGGUUUUUCCCAGAUCGACCCUUUUCACACACAAGCCAGUUUCUGAGUUCUGCCGUCUGCCGCUGAUGAGGUCAUCUGUAACAGCCCUAGGCUGCCCCGAAAUGGCAAUCAGGUUGCAAGUCCUGGGAAUAACCAUGGUUGAUUGCAGGGUUGCGGACCUGGGACUGUCAACUUAGGUGUGAUCCUUUACAUAAGCAGGACCCAGGUCGACUCAUCGAGCCUCAGCAAAUUCACAUGUUUUUGUCGAUUUCUGAAAGGGGUAUAUAUAGGUAAUUUAGUGAACUGGUUCUUGCUUUAUAGAGAACAAUAUUGUGUACAGUACAUUGAUCAGAGGUGCUAAAGAGAUCACAUGGGUCCACAUGCUGGGGUAAUGGAUGAAGAGCAGUAUAAUAUUAAUAAGCUCAGAACAGGUCUACAGUCAACCAAUACAGCUGACUAAGGUGGUCAUUCCGAGUUGUUCGCUCGCUAGCUGCUUUUAGCAGCAUUUCAAACGCUAGGCCGCCGCCCUCUGGGAGUGUAUUUUAGCUUAGCAGAAUAGCGAAUGAAAGAUUAGCAGAUCUGCUACUAAAUAAUUCCUUGCAGUUUCUGAGUAGCUCCAGACCUACUCCUAGAUUGCGAUCACCUCAGUCCGUUUAGUUCCUGGUUUGACGUCACAAACACGCCCUGCGUUCGGCCAGCCACUCCCUCGUUUCUCCAGCCACUCCUGCGUUUUUACCUGGCACGCCUGCGUUUUUUAGCACACUCCCUGAAAACAGCCAGUUUCCGGCCAGAAACACCCACUUCAUGUCAAUCACACUAUGAUCACUCGAGCGAUGAAAAAACGUUGCUCGAGCUUGUGUAAAUCUACAAAGUUUUGUGUUAAAUUACUAAGCACUUGCGCGCUGCUUACCAUGUGCAUGCACAAUUUUUGCCGUUUUUUCAAUUAAACGCUGCACUGCGAAAAUCGUCAGCGAGUGAACAACUCGGAGUGACCCCCUAAGUCGCUACAAAUACUUAUUUUGCACUAAAAUUGCUUGAUUUAUUCUAAAAGUAGCAUUUCAAAUAUUGCACGCCUUUGUAUAUAUGUUUGUAUAAUUAGAGGCAUAUAAUUUAACUGGAUACUUUGUAGAACAGAUAUUAAAUAAGAAUGAAUUUGGCCAAACAAUAGCUACUUUUGAUUUGUUUAUUUUUUUUUAAAGUUAGCAAUUAGGAUAUUUAUCUAGAUGCAUUAUCGCGUGGAGAGUGAUAAAAUGGAGAGUGAUAAACUACCAGCCAAGCAGCUCCUAAUGGUAGGUACACACUUGGCGAUAAGCUCUUUGAGCGACGUCGCCUAGUGUGUUCCCUUCUCUACCGGGAGGUUGUCGGCAGUGCGUACUCACUGAGCAAUAUGCAAACAAUAUCGUUCAGUGACGUCACUCCGCGGCCGGGCACGUUUUGGAUGACAGUCCAAAUUGAGCUGCAUGCAUAACCGACACUGAGGGUCGUUAACGAUCCGCAGGGCCGCGCAUCGCUCGUCGUUGGACAGCGUACACACUAGUCGAUAUGGUAAACGUCGCUCAGGAAGGGUAAAAUGAGCGAUGUCGUUUACUUUAUCGGAAAGUGUAUACCCACCUCAACUGUCAAUUUUCAAACCAAGAAUGUGAUAUGGCAGUUAGAUGCUGAUUAGCUGGUACAUUUCCUCUCUCUAUUUUAUCACUCUCCAAGUGAUGAUGGAUGUAGCCCAUUGUUUUAUCAUUUUGUCUUAUUUUGUGUUAAAAAUUGGCUUUUUUAGUUAUGUAAAUAACAUGACUUUCUUUUAUAACUUACUAUUGUAUAAAGUAUUCUUUUUUAAGUGAAUGAUUUAUAGCAGUAUUUGGCAACGUUUUUUUUUUACUGCUUUUCUGGAACUGCAAGUCCCAGCAUGCCCUUGGACCCAUUGGGAUAGAUGUAUUAACCUGGAGAAGGGAUAAAGAACUGAUAAAGAAGUGAUAAGUGGAAGGUGAUAAUGCACCAGCCAAUCAUUAUGGAUUUGAAAAAAUGACAGUAAGGCGCUGACUGGCUGGUGCAUUAUCACCUUACACCUAUCACUGCUUUAUUACUUCUACAGGUUUAAUACAUCUGCCCCAAUGUUCCAUAACACCGCUUGCCUAACUUUCAUGUAUAAUAACUGUAAAUGUAACAAAUUCUGUGCCUGAAACCCUUUUUUAUUUUCUAAUUCCAGUUGUAAUAAAUUCUC